CUCUUCCACCGCCUCGCCUCUCCUCUCCUCUCCUCUCCUUCCUAUUUAUUUUAUUUAUUUAGUCAGAGAAAAUGGAAAUUGGAGUAAUAAUGGCUGCUGCUUCUACUACAUUCGGACCUCCUUCUUCACCCUUACUCUUGAACACCAUCCGUAUCUCCCCACCUCCACUCACACUCACACCUACACCUCCAUGCUCUGCCUUUUUCCCAUCUUCUACCCGACUCCCCGUCGUCAGAGCUAUCGGCAAACCUCGCUCCAUCGGUAACCCCUCCAAGUCUAAACCCUCAGAAUCUAGUGAACAAAAAUGGGUUGCAAAAGGCUUAAUUACUGAAUCGCUUCCUAAUGGAAUGUUUUGGGUUCGUUUAGAAAAUGGAGAUGUGGUUCUAGGUUAUGUAUCCGGGAAAAUUCGACGCAAUUCUAUACGAAUGUUGCCGGGGGAUAAAGUCAAAAUUGAGGUCAGUCGAUAUGAUUCCACCAGAGGCCGUAUUGUAUAUCGAAUUGGUAGCAAAGAUGUCUGAUAUAAAUCAUUUGAUGGUUAUGCUUUUUGUAACCCUGUCACCAUAAUUUCUUGCUCGUAAAUUACAAUCACCUUCUUAUUAUCUU